CUGAUGCAGCGCUACGUGGCCGCCAUGGUGCUGAGCGGGGCGGGGGAUGCUCUGGGCUUCCACAGAGGGCGGUGGGAGUUUUGCCGCAGCGGCACACAGAUCCACGCCGAGCUGAAGAAGGCGGGCGGCGUGAAAAAGCUCGACGUGUCGGCCUGGAUAGUGAGCGACGACACGGUGAUGCACCUGGCCACGGCCGAGGCGCUGGCGGCGGCGCUGGGUCCCACCGAGAGCCCGGAGACCCUGUACCCGCGGCUGGCCUGGGCCUACGUCAUGUGUAUGGACGACAUGGAAGGGAGGGCGCCAGGCAUAACGUGUAUGAGUGUAGUGCGUUUGCUGAAGUUGGAUCAACCUGAUGGCUGGAAGACCCCCUUCAAUCCCAAAGGUGGUGGCUGCGGAGCGGCAAUGCGGGCCAUGUGUAUCGGACUGCGGUAUCCCCACCCGCAUCAGCUGGAGGAUCUGAUCGCUGUGUCCGUGGAGAGUGGACGGAUGUCCCAUCACCACCCCACCGGCUACCUGGGCGCGCUGGCGGCUGCCUUGUUCACCGCGUAUGCAGUGAACGGCAAGCCCACGGUGAGCUGGGGUAAAGGUCUGAUGGAGGUACUGGAACAAGCAAAGAGCUACGUGCAAAAGAGCCAGCACUAUGCAGAAGAAAACCUGGCUGCCUGGUCCUACUUUGAAAACCAAUGGAAGAGCUACCUGCAGAAGCGAGGCAUAGCGGACGGAGUGUCCAAGCCGAUAUUUCCCAAGGAUUAUGGCGUGGCCGAGCGAGAUACGUUCUACGCGUCUGUCAGCUACGCCGGCUGGGGUGGUGCGAGCGGGCAUGAUGCCCCCAUGAUAGCCUACGAUGCCAUCCUGGGCUCGGGCGCCUCGUGGGAGGAGCUUUGCAACAGGGGCGUUUUCCACGGAGGGGAUAACGACUCUACCGGUGCCAUCGCUGCCGCCUGGUGGGGAGCCAUGUAUGGCUUUCACGGCGUCCCCACAUCCAACCACAAAGGUGUGGAGUAUCAGAGCAGAUUGGAGACUGUGGCAAAGAAGUUGUUCGACUUAAGCCAUCCAAGUUCCCCAUCAGAAGCAAAGAGUGAUUUGUAAACUCCACCACUCUUCAACCUUGCACCUGUCCUCUGCUUGAGCUAGUAAUGAUUACAUAUUAAAAAGGUCUCUUGGGUA